AUAUCAAUUCAUAUUACUCAUUUCAUACAUACAUCCAUUAUUAUCAUCCAUCAAAUUAAACCAAAAAAUGGCAGGAAUUAUUGAGAAGAUUGGAGAGAAACUCCACAUGGGAGGAGGUCAUUCAGAUGAUAAGAAGAAAGAUGAUCAUGACCAUAAGAAGGAUGGUGAGCACAAAGAAGGAGGAGGUAUGAUGUCUAAGAUCCUUGGUCAUGGUGAUGACCAUAAGGAUAACAAGCAUGGUCAUAGUGAUGGUGACCAUAAGGAUAAGAAACAUGGUGAUGGUGAUCAUAAGAAACAUGAUGAUGGUGAGAAAAAGAAGAAGAAGAAGGAUAAGAAGAAGAAGGAACAUGGUCAUGAUCAUGAUGGUAGUGGUAGCAGCAGCAGCGACAGUGAUUAGAUCAUCUUAUCGAUCCAUCCCAUUCGUCCUACCUUUAAGGGCGUAUGAAGAAUGAGAGAGAAUAAAUGAAAGGAGCUAGCUAGUAUUGUUAAUUACAUUGGUUACUCUAGAAUCGAAUAAGUUACUAGCGAGGCGCGUCGUUUUAGCUUAUUCGUUUCUUAACUUUGGUCAUAGGAGACUUUUUUUACUUUUAAUUGUGGAAUUUUGUCCAUAAAAUAUGUGUAAAAGCUUUUUUCUUUUCUUAAAAAGAAAAUGGCUUGGUUAUUGUUCUUGUGUUUCAUUAUAAUAUAACAUUUUGUUUGUUUGA